AUGAAGGCCAUUUGGUUGCACACGGACCGGCCGACGCCGAUGUGGAUGCACGGGUCGCUGGCCAGCGAUCUAUGGGCCGUUGCAAGCAACGACAGCGGUGGCGCGUCGCUACUUCAAGCCAGUGCCAACGUUGCCAACGCCAACGCGCCCGAGCAGUAUGGCUUGGACAUCAAGUACCUCGUCACGACGAGCUCGGAGACGCGCGAGUGA